AUGGAUAACCAGCGUCAGCAGGUAAAUGCCGGACAAUCUCAGCAGACCGAGUACCUGGAAGUGCUCAGUGCAGCACAGAGCCUUGUCUCUGUGCUAACACAGACUCUUAAUCAGAGUCCUGUACCACCAUGUGCACAAGUUCAAGUGCAAGGUCACGGGCAGCAGACAGCGCUGAAGUUUCCUGUGGACAGUCUAGAGCUACAUGCCAGCCUGUGUGGAGAAGAAAAUAUAUUGAAGUCUCCUGAUCACAGCUCUUUUAUCCACAAUGAUGAUUCUUCUAUUGCUGACGAAACAGCCAAUUCAAGCUGUCGACAAGUAUUAUGCCUUGAAGAUAUUCUGGAGCUGCUUGCUGGCCGAGUAAAUGCAGAGAAUCAGUUCCGCAUUUGUGUUUCACUGGACAAUCUCCUAGAGAGGGGGCUCAAGCAGUGGCAAAGACAGAAAAAAGGAAAUCCAGCCAACCAGCUAAAGAUAACCUUUAUUGGUGAAGCUGAAGUUGACUCUGGUGCUUUACGAAAGGAGUUUCUUACAGAAAUGAUCAGUGGCAUUGAAAAACGUCUCUUCUUGGGUCAGAGAGCAAAGAGUCCACAGUACUCCAACAGUGACCUUGACAAUGGUCUCUUCAGGACUGCUGGAGAGCUCUUCGCUGUCAGCCUAGCUCAAGGUGGCGCAGCCCAUGUUUUAUGA